AUGCCAUCACCGGUGUACAGAGCUGCUAAGGGCCCCCCUAUUGAUGUGUUAACAAAUGACAUGAAAUCCUAUGUGAAACAGUUGUCUAACAUCCACAGGAGUAUUUUUGCUCGUAUUAACUCUGUGCAGAGCCAGACAAAGGAGGAGGAGGUGCCACCUGCAGUGAAGCCGGGGGACCUGGUCUAUGUGAAAACCUUCCGACGGAAGUGGCAUACUCCACGGAGGGAAGGUCCCUACGAGGUCGUGAACGCGACGUCAACAGCGGUGCAGGUGAAGGGAUCACCGACGUGGUACCACCUAAACCACUGCGUCAAGGCCCCGGCUGACGGCAACGAGGAAAAGACCAUAAAGGAAAAGGAGAAGAAUGACCAUGGCUGCCAAGGCGACGAGUCCUUGGAAGGGGGGAACGAGGAUCCUCGUGGUGCUGGUAAUGACCAUGAUAGUACCGCUGAGUUCCCUGACGUCAUCCUGGUGGAAGGGACAGGAACUCCCACUGGCCGAGAGACAUAG